AUGGUUCUUGUCACGUACGUGUUCAGCUCCCUACGACGAAUCCCUGUAAUCCCUACCCUCGAUAGGAAAAUACAGGAGGUCGAGUCGCAGAUAGAGGCAACGGAGGAUGCACUAAAAUUAUGCAAGGACAAAGACGAGUUGGCCCACUUGCGCGAGAAGGAGCGCCAACUCCGCGAGGAGAAGCGCCAACUCCGCGAGGAGAAGCGCCAACUCCGCGAGGAGAAGCUCAAACUUCGCGAUGAGGAACUCUUGCGUCUCAAGAUGCAAUCCUCUGCAUCUGGCCUGGGCGUGGGGAGCACAGCAGGAGCUGACUUGCUGCCUCUGGCUGCCAGCGCGGCAGCUGGCCUGGGCCUGGGGAUCCUGGCAGGGGCUGGUGCACCAGCUCCAAGGCGGCUGGUGGAUAGUGCGGCCAAGCUGCACUACAAGGUCAACAACAAUGAUAUCGUGGAGCUGCAUUACAGCGACUCAGUGCUGUCAUACAUAGAUGUGGCGAGGGUGGACACUGCGAGGAUGGACAAAACGGGCAAGUCGUUCACCCUGGAGCACGUGGUUCCUGCGGUGGUGGCGGAGGUGCUGCGCCAGCAGGGAGGGGAGGGCCCCCUGGCAGGCAUGGUGGCCCUGCGCCUGAACUGUGGUCUGCUGCAACGGCAGGCAAGUGCUACGGCCAUGUUGCGGGACCUGCUGGGUAUGCUGCUGAGUUGGGCACGCAAGGAGCAUGUGCCCAUGCAGGAGGGUGCUUUGGAGGCUGCAGAGGAUGUGCUGGGGCGGCGCUUCUUCAGCACCGACCGUGGCUUGCUGGGCCACACCAUCCGGGAGUUCCUCAAGGCGGUGGAGGUGCCGGUGCUCGUGUUAUGCGACGAAAUGCAGAGCCUGUUCCUGCCGACCAUUGACGGCAAGCUGGAUGCAAGCGGGGCUGCAUAUAUCCGGAACUCAUUCAUGAAGCUGCUGCUGGUGUAUGGCUCCCACACCAUGCUGUGGUGCAUAACCGGCAGCUCCAUGGUGCAGACCUGGAUUAGCCUGGCCGACAUGCCGCCCAAUGGCUACACAGUCAUCACUGGUGCCAGUGCCGUGAACCUACCGGCAACCUACAGGCCCGAGCACAUGAGCUUGGCAUGGGAGCUGCUGAAGAGCUCCAAGGCCGGAGUGCAGCUGGACCCCAAGCUGCUGGAGCUCUGCCCUCCAUCCAUAGCACUCCUGACAGUCCUGGUGGAGGACUGGAUUGAUGCUCUACCCCCCCUAGGCCUGGAUGUGACUGCCUUCAUCCGUGGAUUCAUGAGGAUGAAGCUCAUUGACGAGUCACGAAAGGAGUGGAAGCUGGGCCUGGAGGGCAUGUCAUUGUUGCAGCGCAUCACUGUGCUGGACUUGGCGUUUCCAGAUGUGGGGGCACGGAUCGACACAGAUCUGCACCCCGGCUUACAGUGCUUACAGCGAUUCCUGGAGCCGCACCUGGAGAGGAAGACGGAUGGGCGCUACUACUUCCGUGACCCGCACCAGCGUCAGAUUGUGCGGUUGGUGAUCAACCAGGAUGGCACACUGCGGGAGAGCUGGAGCAGCCUGGAGUUCAGUGCCACCCUAAUGCAAUUGGACACGAUGGUGAACCUACUCCGCCUCGGUGAGGCAGCUGACUACCUGCUUGGGCCCCGUGCAAGCCUCCGGUGGGAGCGUGAAAAGCCACCAGCUGGGAUGGAUGAGUUUACAGCCAAGUUGCAGGCCAUUGCAGACAAGACCGCCACCAAGUUGGCAAGCGACCAGGGUGGCGUGGUGUUGGGCCUUCAGGAACUGUGGGAGCGGCAGUCUUGGUUCCAGAAGGUGCUGUCAUCGAAGUGGAAUGACCGACUACAAAAUGACUACAAGCAGGCACGGUGCACUCACCUGGCCAUGCUGGUGUUCUACCUGCGGCUGAGCCGGAACGUGCUGGUCCAUGCGAAGCCUUGGGAUCAGGAGCACGACAUCCCGGUGAAUGUGGAUGUAAUUGAGGCGCUGCCCAGGGUGCUGGGACAGUCCUUGCUUGGCUUCAAUGACGACAUCGUCAGGGCGCUGCGUGUGCUGUCACGCCACACCAUGGAAAAGGACACACAGUUUCGUGCACAGCUAUCAGGCAGUGGUGGCGGCAGCAUUGAGGGGUUGACUGAUGAUGAGGGCAGCAGCAGUGGCGGCCUGAGUGGCAGCACUGGCAGCAGCAGCAGUGGUGCCCAGCCUAGCAGCAGCAGUGGCACCCAGCCUGGGGGCAGCAGUGGCACCCAGCCUGGCAACAGCAGUGGCACCCGGCCUGGGGGCAGCAGUGGCACCCAGCCUGGAGCAGUGGCACCCGGCCUGGGGGCAGCAGUGGCACCCCGCCUGGCAGCAGCAGUGGCACCCCACCUGGCAUCAGCAGUGGCACCCGGCCUGGUGGCAGCAGUGGCACCCGGCCUGGUGGCAGCAGUGGCACCCAGCCUGGCAACAGCAGUGGCACCCCGCCUGGCAGCAGCAGUGGCACCCGGCCUGGGGGCAGCAGUGGCACCCGGCCUGGGGGCAGCAGUUGCACCCAGCCUGGCAACAGCAGUGGCACCCGGCCUGGGGGCAGCAGUGGCACCCCACCUGGCAGCAGCAGUGGCACCCGGCCUGGGGGCAGCAGUGGCACCCCGCCUGGCAGCAGCAGUGGCACCCCGCCUGGCAACAGCAGUGGCACCCGGCCUGGUGGCAGCAGUGGCACCCCGCCUGGCAGCAGCAGUGGCACCCGGCCUGGGGGCAGCAGUGGCACCCGGCCUGGGGGCAGCAGUGGCACCCGGCCUGGGGGCAGCAGUGGCACCCCGCCUGGCAACAGCAGUGGCACCCGGCCUGGGGGCAGCAGUGGCACCCCACCUGGCAACAGCAGUGGCACCCCGCCUGGGGGCAGCACUGGCAGUGGUGCCCCGCCUGGCAGCAGCAGUGGUACCCCGCCUGGGGGCAGCAGUGGCACCCGGCCUGGGGGCAGCAGUGGCACCCGGCCUGGGGGCAGCAGUGGCACCCGGCCUGGGGGCAGCAGUGGCACCCGGCCUGGGGGCAGCAGUGGCACCCGGCCUGGGGGCAGCAGUGGCACCCCGCCUGGCAACAGCAGUGGCACCCCGCCUGGCAACAGCAGUGGCACCCCGCCUGGCAGCAGCAGUGGCACCCGGCCUGGGGGCAGCAGUGGCACCCGGCCUGGGGGCAGCAGUGGCACCCGGCCUGGGGGCAGCAGUGGCACCCCGCCUGGCAACAGCAGUGGCACCCGGCCUGGGGGCAGCAGUGGCACCCCACCUGGCAACAGCAGUGGCACCCCGCCUGGGGGCAGCACUGGCAGUGGUGCCCCGCCUGGCAGCAGCAGUGGCACCCCGCCUGGGGGCAGCAGUGGCACCCAGCCUGGCAGCAGCAGUGGCACCCAUGGAUGCAACGGGGUCUGUGGUGCUGCAGGUCAUUGUGUAA